CCCGCGCUCGCGAGCCCGGCCCUGCGCAGCACCCCCAGCAGCCUGAUAAGCAACUCGGUCUCGGAACGAAUGACCGUCGAACAGAGUUGGAUCGAAUCACUCAGCAGUAGGCGUCGCCCACUUUCUUAUUGGUUAGUUUUGGUUUCCAGAAGUAGUAGGAAAGGAAGACAGUCUGCGAGGGGGCUGCAGGCUUUGCUGAGCCUCGUCCCCGAAUGCGUGGUUUCGCUGCCGCGCAGGCGCACGGAAUCCUAAGUCCGGGGCUUGCGUUUCCGGCCGGAGGGCUUCUCCCGCCUCUCCCGGAAGCUGCUCUCGCUACUCGGGUAACGGGUCCCGGCGGUGGCAACUGCCGCGGCGCCGCGAUGGACCUCGAGGAGGCGGAAGAGUUUAAAGAACGUUGUACUCAGUGUGAGGCUGUCUCAUGGGGUCUUACUGAUGAAGGCAAAUAUUACUGCACUUCCUGCCACAAUGUUACAGAGAGAUCUAAGGAAGUUAUAAACAGUGAUAUUAUUCCUAAUGCCCAGAUAAAAGCCCUCAACCGGGGGCUUAAAAGGAAAAAUAACUCUGAAAAAGGCUGGGAUUGGUAUGUGUGUGAAGGUUUCCAGCACAUUCUUUAUCAACAAGCAGAAGCCUUAAAGAACCUUGGAGUAGGCCCAGAGUUAAAGAAUGACGUUUUACAUAAUUUUUGGAAGCGCUACCUUCAGAAGAGCAAGCAGGCAUAUUGUAAGAACCCAGUUUAUACCACUGGAAGGAAACCUACGGUAUUAGAAGAUAAUCUCAGUCAUUCAGACUGGGCUAGUGAGCCUGAGCUGCCAAGUGAUGUCAACUCUCCUUUUCUUGAAAGUGGAAUGGAAUCUCAGUCUGAUGUCCACACUCGAAAAUCUCUCCGCAUCAGCAAAGCAUUGCAGUCAGAAACAUCUGUCUGCUCUGGAUCCCUGGAUGGAGUUGAAUACUCACAACGAAAGGAGAAGGGACUUGUGAAGAUGACCGUGCCACAGACACUUGCCUUCUGUUAUCUGUCCUUACUUUGGCAGAGAGAAGCAAUAACGCUUUCAGAUCUUUUGAGAUUUGUUGAAGAGGACCAUAUUCCUUACAUAAAUGCUUUUCAGCAUUUUCCAGAACAGAUGAAAUUAUAUGGGCGUGACAGAGGAAUCUUUGGUACAGAGUCUUGGCCUAACUACGAUGAUAUCUAUAAAAAAACAAUUGAAGUUGCCACAUUUUUAGAUUUGCCUCGUUUUCCAGACAUAACUGAAGACUGCUAUCUUCAUCCCAACAUAUUGUGUAUGAAAUACUUGAUGGAAGUCAACCUCCCCGAUGAAAUGCAUAGCUUAACUUGCCACGUGGUAAAAAUGACUGGAAUGGGAGAAGCAGAUUUUUUGACAUUUGAUCCUAUAGCUAAAGUGGCAAAAACUGUUAAGUAUGAUGUACAAGCUGUAGCUGUCAUUGUGGUGGUCCUGAAACUGCUCUUUCUACUGGAUGACAAUUUAGAGUGGUCUUUGUCUAAUCUUGCUGAAAAACAUAAUGAAAAGAACAAAAAAGAUAAGCCAUGGUUUAAUUUCAGAAAGUGGUACCAAAUUAUGAAGAAAGCUUUUGAUGAGAAAAAACAAAACUGGGAAGAAGCAAGGGCCAAGUACCUGUGGAAAAGUGAAAAGCCACUCUACUACUCAUAUGUCGACAAACCAGUAGCGUAUAAAAAAAGAGAAAUGGUGGUGAAUUUACAGAAACAAUUUAGCACACUAGUUGAUUCAACACCAACUGCUGGAAAAAAAAGCCCUUCAAGUUUUCAGUUCAACUGGACUGAAGAAGACACUGAGAGAACUUGUUUCCAUGGACACAGCCUCCAGGGAGUCCUGAAAGAGAAAGGCCAGUCACUGCUAACCAAGAAUUCAUUAUACUGGCUCAGUACACAGAAGUUCUGCAGAUGCUAUUGUACACACGUGACAACCUACGAGGAAUCAAACUAUUCUCUGAGUUAUCAGUUUAUACUAAAUCUCUUCUCCUUCCUGCUCAGAAUAAAGGCUUCCCUUCUCCAUGAAGAAGUGAGUUUAGUUGAAAAGGAACUUUUUAAGAAAAAAUACAGUGUAACAAAAAAGAAAUCAAAAUCCAAGAAACGGAGACGAUAGUGAGAAAAUGAAACUUUUUUGGAAAAAGAUCUUAAUAGUAACAUCAGAUUUUAAUAUAACAUUCCAGAGAAUUAUGGAAAAUACUGCAUAUAUAUGUAUAUACUCUGACACAUAUUUACAUAUGUAUCAAGUGUGCUUAGAAAAAUGUAUAUUGUAAAGCAGGUAAGCUUUGUUUGAUUUUAUUUUUCAGAGUAUGAAUAUUCUAAGAGAAAGUUAAAACAACAAUAAAUUGUAUAAUUGUAUCCAGAAAUGUGUAUUAAUUGUCCUUUAAAGCUAAAUUUUUUUAAACUAGAUCCCUUCCAUAUUCUUUAUUCCCCAGAGUAAAUCCCAGAUGGAUCAAAGAUUUAAACUUAAUCUUUCAUACUUAAAAAUAUAAAAGUAUUAGCAGAAAAUAAAUACAAAUGCUUUGAUGAUCUUGGAAUGGCAAAGUCAAUUUUUGCAGCAUACAAUGGACAAAGGAAUAAUUUCUUUUUUUUUUUUGAGACAGAGUCUUGCUCUGUCUCCUAGGCUGGAGUGCAGUGGCACACCCUCGGCUCACUGCAACCUUCACCUCCCAGUUUCAAGCGAUUCUCCUGCCUCAGCCUCCUGGUAGCUGGGACUACAGGUGUGUGCCAACACGCCCGGCUAAUUUUUUGUAUUUUUAGUAGAGAUGGGGUUUCACUGUGUUAGCCAGGAUGGUGUCGAUCCACCUGCCUCGGCUUCCCAAAGUGCUGUGAUUACAGGCAUGAGCCACUGCACCCGGCCUAAGGAAUAAUUUCUUUAAUGUAUCAGUAGCUCUUGCAAAGCAAAAGGAAAAAGACAAGCUGAGUAAGGGAUAUGAAAACAUAUCCCAUUGCCUAGGCUGGUCUUCAGCUCCUGGGCUCAACUGAUCUUCCCGCCUCAGCCUCCCAAAGUGCUGGCAUUAUAAGUAUGAGCCACUGUGCCUGGCUAAGACUUUUGAUAUUUUUUUAUUUUUGCAACUUUUUAUAACAAGUUAUGCAAUGAUUUGAAUUAUAUGCAUGUAGAAUUUUGAUCUAAAAAUUUAAAGAAUAAAUAGUUAAAGGUUUUACAAAAGCAAAACAAUAAAACUCUUUCCUUUUUAUAUACAUGAAGAAAAAACUUUCUGGAAUGAUCUAUUUUGCAAUAGUGGUAAUUUUUGUUUGGUAUAUAAUAACUAGUGAUUUAAUUUUCUUGGUGACUCUGCAUUUUAUAGUUGUAUAUUAAGAGUUGUAUUAAUUAUUUUUUGAGGUAGUCUUUAUCACUCAGACUGGAGUGCAGUGGCGCAGCUGCAACCGCCACCUCCUGGGCUCAAGUGAUUCUCCUACCUCAGCCUCCAUAGUAGCUACAGGCCCAUGCCACCAUGCCUGGCUAAUUUUUUAUUUUUUUUUUGUAAAGAUGAUGGGAUCUUGCUUUGUUGCUCAGGCUGGUCUUGAACUCCUAGCCUCAAGCAGUCCUCCUACCUCUGUCUCCCAAAGUGCUGGAAUUACAGAUGUGAGCCACUGUGCCCAGCCUGAUUUGAUAGUUUCUUAAAAGUGAAAACUAUACCUACCAUAUGAUCCAGCCAUUCCACUACUAGGUAUCUACCCAAGAAAAAUAAAAGCAUGUUUCCACACAAAGACUUGUAUACAAAUAUUCAUAGCAACUUUGUUUGGAAUAGCUAAAAAAAGGAAAGCAACCCAAAUAGCCACCAACAAGUGAGUGGAUAAACACAUGGUGGUAUAUACAUACAUACGAUGAAACACUACUUAGAUGUAAACAAAGGAACAAGCUAUUGAGGCAACAAUAGCCCUGCUCAGGAGCAGGAUUUGGAGGAGGAUGUAAGAAGCAUAUCUUUCAUAAUUUAAAAACCUGCUUUCUAAGAUUUGAGAUGAAAAAUCUUUCUUGAAGAUGAAUCUCAUGGAAUUGACAUGAUUUGAAGUGCUAUGGCACUUCAUUUGAAUAAAAAGUCAAAGUUGCUAACAAGUUCCAUGUGCUUACAAAUGUUGGGACAGCAAGCUCAAAGCUAGGAAGUUUUGGGCCACUCAUGAAUAUGAAGUAAGAUUAAGAGGGGAGAAGGGCCAGGAGAAGGACCUGUAAUCCCAGCACUUUAGGAGGCCGAGGCAGGUGGAUCACAAGAUCGGGAGUUUGAGACCAUCCUGGCCAAGAUGGUGAAACCCCAUCUCUACAAAAAAAUUAGCCGGGCGUGGUGGCAGGCGCCUGUAAUCCCAGCUACUCAGGAGGCUGAGGCAGAGAAUUGCUUGAACCCAAGAGGCGGAAGUUACAGUGAGCCAAGAUGGCGCCACUGCACUCCAGCCUGGGUGACAGAGUGAGACUGUCUCAAAAAAAAAAAAAAAAAGGAGAAGGAAAUGAAAAAUAGGGCUUUCCAUACAUUUUCCAUACAUUUCAAAUUUUAUGAAUUACGAUUGAAGCCUAAUGAUGAAAUGCUACUCUCUAGAAGUCAGUGUUUUCACAUCUAAAAAUAGUAUCAUAGAAAAAGCUUAUCUGUCUACUGCCAAAAA